UCCAUCCAUCCAGCUGCUGUACUGUUCGCUGUGCCUUCGUUCCAACAUCCAACAUAACAUAACUGAUGGAUCCAACAUCGAAAGGUUCUAAAUAAUCGGAAUGAGUGUAUCGACUAAUCACUAACAAAAACUAACUUGAGUGGCCGUUAACAUGAACCAACUCAUCCGAUAGAAAUCAAUACGGUGGCUGCAUCACAAGGAAACCAUUUUCAAUGGAUCAACCAUGUUCAUCUCAAUCGGAUUUUUGGACAAGUUUUAAAACUGAAGGAUCACACACGCCAUCACAGGAUUACCUCCAACCGAAGAAGGAAUCAUCAGAAUAUCUCAGUUAUUUUGAUAUUGAAACAUUCUACGACAGCGUUGCCUACGGCGACGGACCAGCAUGCCACGUUAAGCCAGAUUAUCCGUUCUCGUGGGGAGCUCAAACCCAUUGUUCAUAUUCGUAUGCUCAAUCUGACGAUGGUCCAUUGGAUCAGAAUAACAACCACAACAACAACUAUUGUGAUUUGACAUCCUAUCAAGAUUUGGAAAGUGUUGCGCAAGCUGAUCUUUGUACACAGGUAGCCCAAGAAGUUGCUUCAUUUCCUGCUGGUGAAUCUUUCCUCUCACCCAUACUUCAAGAAUCGGACGAAGUGCCACCAGAACUGGUGAAAAACCUCUUACAGAUGGAAGAAUCUAGCAUGCCAGUUCCGAUCAAGCAGGAAAUUUCCGAGGAAAUCCCAGCAGUCCCGCCUCCUGUCGUGGAAUUCCCGUUCCAUCUCCCCCUUAAGAAACGUCGUUAUGUUAUCGCUCAGCACAAUGCUGAUGGCAAGUAUCCCUGUCCUUCGUGUGACCGGGCUUUCAACCGUCAAGGCCAUCUAACCCAGCACUGCAACGCCCACCAUUCGGGUCCUAUGGAGCAGCGUUGCCAUAUUUGCGGGAAGCGGUUCCGCCUGCGGGAGGAGUUGGAGAAGCAUCAACUUCGACACAAGGAACAGAACAAGACGUGGGAAUGUGAGCAUUGUCCGAAAAAGUUCAACUACAAGUUCGACAUGAUUCGACACGUAAAGGCCGUUCACACUGAAGCACCGCACAGUUGUCAAUUCUGUGGCAAAGGAGUUGUACGGUUGGAUCAUCUUCGGCAACAUGAGAACAAACACCGCAGGAUGAUGAAGAAUGCUGCCAGUAAGGUUUCGACGAUGAAAAGAAAAAGAGAUGACAACGACGGCUAGGGUGAAAGAAGAAUUUAAAUAAAUACGACAGUUCAAAAUAAAUAACAAUGCUGAC